AUGAGCGGCAUGCAUGGUUAUCAACUGGACUGGGAGGACGACACGGUUUAUUUUUAUUCCCCACGCACCGUUCCACCUGCCCUCAAUAAGUACACCAAGCUGAUUUCGGAUCUCCUACAAAAUUCUCCCAUCACCGAUGCUCUCCCUGGUGGCGCCCCGGAGGCCAUUAUCCUCUGCGAGGAUGCAAAAACGGUGCUUGAGAAGGAAAGCGUAGUUCUUGACAUUGAUGUCACUGAAAGGGAUGAUCUGAUUAUUGUUGGUGACAUCCAUGGCCAAUUCGCGGACCUGUUACAAAAUGUGCUCUCGCUGCAGUUGUUGCGGCGAACCAAGGAACAUGCUCCUGAUAAGGCCUCGGCUUCGGAAUACAAGUUAUUGUUUUUGGGUGACUACGUUGACCGGGGCCCACGCAGUGUUGAGGUGAUCACCCUUCUUCUGGCUUUAAAGAUAGAAUACCCUGCACACAUUUUUCUGCUCCGUGGAAACCAUGAGGAGGCGCAAACAUGUCGCAUGUACGGUUUUUUUCAAGAGUGUCGUGUAAAAUUGGAGGGGACUGGCAGGAGCGUAGGCGGCGACUCUAUGAAUGUGUCAGACAGCGCAUGGUUGCACUACAACAUGGUUUUUUGUUGGUUGCCGCUCGCAGCUGUGGUGCGGUGCCCCGCUGGAAUGUUCUUCUGCGCGCAUGGUGGUCUGAGCCCCAAGACGCGGACCAUCGUUGGUCUUAAAUCGCUUCGUCGGAACGAGUACGGCCAAUUAUUAGAGACCUCCUCAAGUCUGUAUCUUCCUUCACCCACAAAUGACAGCGACGCGGAGUUGUCAUUUGCUGAUGAAGGAAGCAUUGUCGAUGGGCUGCUGUGGUCCGACCCUGAGGACGACGUCCAUGGCUUUCAAAUCAAUCGUAGAGGAUGUGGUUUCAUUUUUGGGCCCGAUGUCACAAGGCAAUUUCUCGAGCGCAAUUACGGCUAUUCCUUCACGUCGCGACUGCCAGGGGAACGGAGAGAGGAAUUGCAGUUUAUUGUUCGCGCCCACCAGUGCGUUGAGGAUGGUUACCACUGGGCCCAUGGAGGUCUUGUGCUCACGCUGUUUUCCGCCCCAAGGUACUGCGGCAUGAACAACAAGGGUGCCUUUGCCGUGCUGCGCGGCGGGGCAAACGUCGGCAAGGACCGGGUAUCUUUUGAGUACAAAGUUUACGACAUUGCCCCAACGUUGCCGACCGGAAUGCUUAGGCUGCGCACUUCCUCUGAUGCUGCAGCUGCUGCUGACGCCGUGCGGAUGCUCAAUGGGCUGAUGCUCAGCGACUACUUUGAGGAUAAUGAAUAG